AUGGCGUCUAUCGACACCUUCUGGACCCUUGGCCUCGCGAUUGCCAAGCACGGCCUGAGCCAGAGUACGAACAUCGGUAUGCGUCGGUUCCGAGGACUCUUUGGUGUCGGUCCCGACGUGUGUCUGAAGCUCUGGGAUGCAACGGCCCAAGUCCGCCCCACCGACACGAGCCCGGUCCACCUGCUCUGGAUGCUCCUUUUCCUCAAGGGGUAUCGGACAGAGGCCGAAACACACGCCUUAAUUGGCGCCGACGAAAAGACCCUCCGGAAAUGGCUCUGGCCAUGGAUUGAGACGGUCGCCAAACUCGAGAUCAUCGAUUGGGAGGCCCGACGAAUCGGCGCUCGUCCGGCCGACACCGUUCUUGUGUCUCUCGAUGGUACUGAUUGUCGGAUCUAUGAGCCCACGCCUUUCGACAAAAAGUGGUAUUCCCACAAGUUUCACGGGCCUGGGGUUCGCUACGAGGUCGGACUGUGCAUCGCCACGGGCGACAUUGUGUGGGCCUUUGGCGGGGUUCCGUGCGGCGAAUGGCCUGAUUUGACCUUGGCGCGGCACGCCUUCGUCCACAUGCUGGACAGGGGUGAGAAGGCAUUGGCGGACAAGGGGUACCGGGACCCCGUCUACUUUCGGUAUCCCGACGACGGCGGCCUUCAAACCAACCGCCGCCAAAAAAAGAUCAUGGCGCGCCACGAAACGGUCAAUCGACGGCUCAAGCAGUUUCGCGUGCUUCAGUCACGCUUCCGACAUGCUCUCGAGAAACACCCCAUUUGCUUCCACGCAGUCGUGAAUAUCACGCAGCUAGAUAUCGCCUGUGGCCACAAGCUAUUUGGCGUGUAA